UAUACUUUUGUAUCCCCUAGUUCCCACACGAAACCGAGAUUAGUUUCGCAACUCUACAAAAAGCAAAAUGGUGCGCGAGGAAAGACGGAGACCCCAUUUAUCUAUGGAGCGAAACGACGAUGAUUUUGGUACAUCUCACAUCCCCAAGGAAAUUCUAUCCAACUUUCGUGACAUCAUAAUUGAAGGCAAAGAAUGUGGGCAAGACAAGGAGAAUUUCCAGCAACAAUGUCAACAGCUGCUUGAAAGUGGAUAUACAUUUAGAUUCAUUAUCAUCAUUUCUCUGAUAGAUGAUUUGCUUGAAGCAGGUGCUUUUGGAGAUGAAACUCUAGAAAAUGUUAAAGUUGCGCUCUCCAAUCUGCUACCAUUUGCCCUAAAUCUUUGCAGACAUCCGCACCAAAAAGAAUACAAAGUCAUAAAGAAAUACACAGCAUAUUUUUCCUGUAAUAUAAAAGAGAAGCUCAGUCCUUGCUCUUCUGUAGCUGAUUACUUCAUAAAAGCCAUGGGCUACAUGGAAAACGACACUCAAGAUGAGUUUAUACUGUUGAAAGUUUCAAGCACUAUUUUAGCAAUCACGUUUGAGCUAUACUUGUCAAAACAGGAACUAGACCGCCUUAUUCCAAUAGCCAAGUCUGCAAGCCGAAGGUUUGGAUUUGCAGUUUCAUUUACCGUAAGGGAGUGGGUAAAUUACUGCCAUUCUCAUAGAAAUAAUUGGCAGCAGGAUGACUUCAAGCAGUACCUGAGAAGAAUGUACAGUGAUUCAAGGAUGAGUGUAUCAGUACAUGAAGAUCAUGACCAAAGCACUGAAAAACAGAGGCAGGCAUCUACUGGCACCUCACUUUCAAGACAUUCAAGAGAUUUGCUGGAAUUAAAAAAGGAUUUGAAAUUGAAGGUAGCAGUGAGUUCAAGAUCAUACCCCGAGACACGCGAUCAAGAGAAGAAACGAGAGGAAAGUAAUGAAAGUUCCGGUGUCAAAAAUCAGUAUAGAAAUGUUGAGCUGUAUCGUGCCCAUAGUGAUGAAUGGAUGUAUGGGGGAAAUUCUUUGGAUUAUGGAUCGCUUCAUGAAAUUACUGGAAAUCGUAAUAGAGCGGUUUCUACAGUCGCUCCUACCAAUCAGAAUUCCUUGAAAUCUACUUCGGAUUCUUUGAAAUUGAAGGUAAAGAAUGAGCUGUACGAGAACACUGCACCUGGGGUAGAACUUCCCAUGAAAGAUAUCGUUUCAAGCUAUCGAGAUACUGUGCAACGAGAUAAACAAUAUGAAAAUUUAAUGUCCAUGAUUAGCAUUGAUCCAGGUACAGACAGUCUUCCAACGGAGAGUCAAAUAAGGGCUGACAUGGCAAAGAAAGAUUAUAGAGAGCUCUUAUAUCGACCACCUCCCGAUUUUCCAAUUGAUGUCGAGGGGCCUCAAGAAGCAUUCCAGCUUCUCCCCAAGGGGAAUCGUGAAUCUCAAGAGAAGGUCACGGCUACUGAUGCAUAUGAGAAUACCAAAUUGCAUCAUGGUGCAAGACAAAGGCAUUCACGGGAAGAUCAAUUGUCGGUUGGCGAAAGCACUGAACGUCAAACUGGCAAAUUAAAGGUGCCCUCGCUGUAUUCUCAGGACACUGAUUCUUCUUUUGAAACUGGAAACGAUUCUCAAUUGUUCAAAAGGGCAAACGAUUUGGAAAUCCCCGAGCUGUAUCAACAGCAAAGUUAUUAUUAGAAUUAUUAGCACUGUGGCAAUGUGACAAUGGUUUAAUGAUGUAGAAAGGUAAAUAACCAUACGCUAGAGGGUGCUUUGGGGAUGGGGGGGGGGUUAUGAUGGUCAAAAUGACCUUUGUGCAAAUUUUGUAGUAUAAAAAUAGUUGGACUGAAAAUUUAUGUAAAUAGCUUGCCCUUUCAAUGUCUUGAAAAUUUAUGUACAUUAGAGAAUGUUUUUCCGUGAUACUAGGUGAUACUAGCGAGCCUAAACAUUCAAAACUCGUUCAUUAUUGUAAUUGAUUUUUAUGGUAAAAACGUGCUCUAGCUGUCCAGUUUCUUUCUGAAAAAUUCGCUUGUUUAACAUGGAAAAAUUCACGUUAUUUUAGAACUACUAAUUUUUGAAACUAACUGGAAAAAUGUAAAGAAUCUCGUUUGUCAAUAUUGAUUAAUUUAAUGAACUAAGUCAAGGAUAGAUUCAUUAUAACCAACCUGUUGAUGGUAUAAUUGUAUGUUAAAGCAUCAUUUUGCCUUGCAUUGCAGUUUACAGGCACCCAGAUAAGAGAGAUUUAUUUCGAAACGGACUCACUGACCAUAUCUUAUACGAAUAUCACGUUUAUUUACAAAAAACCGGGUUCAGUUUUGACUAUUAUGCUACGUUCCGCACUCUGUGGCAUGAAUUGUUUAAAAUGCGGCUACACAAAUCUUGCAUAUUUAGAGGGUUCCGGGAUAGUAGUAAUCCGAUACCGUCCCAUAUCCGGUGCCACGUUUAACUUAAAGAGUAGUGAUUUGAAUCCGCAAAAACGAGACCUGAGUGUAUCGGAUUCAAGCUAUUAAAGUUAACAGAACGCCUGUCCGGUAUGAACAGUAAUCCGAUACGAAAUGAAUCCAAUAUAGCGUGACAAGUGCUUCAGUUUUUUAGUAAAAGUAUCUGAUUUCGUUGAUAUUAUAUAAAUCUCUCUUGCCAAAGUUUAUCCAUUUUUUAUUCACUGCUAAAUUUGUUUGAAAUGAUCUGAGUAUCAAAAUGUUAUUGCAAUCAAUUUUUGGUGUUUUGAGUUUUGAUUUAUUAUGCAAAAUAAUAUUAUAAAAAUCACCUACAAAUAUAAUCGUUGAGUCCAAUUGAUUUUGAGUUAGAUGAAGCCAAACUCACAUUCCUUAUGAAAUUGGUUCUAAACUGAGCCAAACUGCUAUUAUCCUUUGGAAACUUUAGGUCUUUCAAUCGACAGGUCAUAGAGGAAUUCUACGAUCCAAAUUGUAAGGCCCCAAGUAAAAGUAUAAUUUUAUGACAUCAUAGUUUUAACGGCUUCAGGACGUUCGUGUUUUAGUGUUUUCUCGAGCUGUUUUUGUACAGAAAAUGAGAAAGAUUAUUUGCAGGGGUGUAGGAACGUGCUGGAGAGAGGGGGCACGACGGGACAUCUUUUUGCACUAAAGAAGGAACAUGCAAAGAAGCACUUUACAGAUAUAAAGGGUACUUUCCACCAAAUAUGUGCAAUCACAUCAACAUACGGUACAAUGCUAUAGGUUUCUCCAAUUAUUUUAUCUCUGGAAGUAAACAUUUUAGCUGCACCUUGGCACAAAACAAUAUUUUUGUCUACCUAUACUGUAAAGGUAGUAGCAAGCAAUAGGCCAGGGUGGGUGCCUUGUGGUGCCUCGCAAAUGGAUAGUGAUAUCCAUUGCAAAUAGACACUUGAUGACGAAAGAGCAAAGAACACGAUAGAGGAGAGAGGAAUAUUUUAAUAAACUGUUCGAAAAUUAUCCAUUAAUAGAACUUGUAUCCAAAUUAUUAGCAGUUUAUUUAUUGUAUUGUUAGAACUAGCUGAAGAGGCAUUCGUGUAGAAAUAAUUUAAAAACGAAAAAUGGAAUGAACAAGGAGGCGUUGAAGGAAUGUGGCAGUAAUGCUCCUUUUGAUUUCAGACACUAUUAAUUCAAAAGAUUGCAAAAACCUGCCUCAGUGCUUUUUCCUAUCUUUCUGAACAAAUAAAUUGUAUAAGAACUACAAUUUCUAUAAUUUUUGUUAAUUCUUGUGCUAGUUUCUAAUAAACAAGUUUACGGUAUCAAAGAGAAAAUUUUUACCUUUUCCGAACCAUCUAUUGGUGAGCAAUACAUAAAAGUUAAAGCAGCUUUUGCCUGACAUGCGAUCCACAUACGAUAUCAUUAGGUGUUUAAAUAGAAUUUCUGAUUACAAGAUGUGCAAAGAAGAUUUCAAAAUGCUGGAUUUGCUAUUCCUUCAGUAAUCGAUUGCAACACUAAAGGAAAGGACUUUUAUUAAGCUUAUCCCCGAACAGUUAUCAAAUAUAAAAAUAACCAGAACCCGAAUCGGCGAAAUCUCGCGCAAAUGAUGCAUUACGAGAGCAGCGAGAGAAUGUAAACGAAGAAUAACACAAACGAUGCAACAGAAAAAUGCAUUUAUUGUUCUUUUAUUGUUUUACAAUAAUUUUGACUAACAUAAAACCACUUGAAAUUUAUUUUCAUUCAAAACCAAAAUCCACAUUGGGAACUCGUGUUGUCAUCACCGUUUCGCGUCUUCCAAUCAAAGACGCGGGUACAGCCGCCUAAUCUUGCAACUGCCGUCCUAAAGUUUCGUAGCGUUAUGAAACCCUGUUUUU